AUGAGACCCUCUGUUACUGACAUCACAUACGAGCUCCCAGAGGACGCUGGUGUCGAUCGAAAACAGCUCCGCGCUGCUGGAAAACCCACGAAAUAUCAUCCGAUCGGCCCACACAAUCGCGAUCGCAAAACCCUAAGCCAUGGGGUGGGAUGGGAUCGAUCGCCACCGUCGGCCAGGCGCUUGCACAUCAGCGGCUGGGAUGGUGCCAGCAUGGACGGAAACGUUUUGUCGGAAUCGACGGUGGAUACGACCUCUGGCUCCGAAAGGGACGGCUCCCAGCUGGAAACCCUAGUACGCUCACAGAACACUCACACUCUCCUCGCAUUCUUUGCGCCCUCCUGGAGCUUUAGGCGCGGGCUUAGGGUUAUUGUUCGCGCAGAGGAGGAAGGGCUCACGAGGUAUUUCAAAAAACAAGGGGAGGAAACAAUGCCACGGAAAGCUCCCACCGCCAAGCAGCAAUGGAAGUCGUCGCCAUCGCCAUCGUCCAAGAGCAGCUCCUCGUUGGCCACUCCCGCUGGAACUUUCCACUUGCUGGACGCGCUCGAGCCCAAGCUGCCCAAGCACCUGGACGACGCCAGCUCCAUCGCGGCCUCCGAGUUUGAUUCCAUCUCCAACAACGGCAGCUGCUCGGGCGAAUCGGAGGACCAGUCCCAGCUCCCGUCCAAGGAGCGAGCUUUCAUCCCGGGGCUCGACGCCUCCCCGGACAAGCAGGAGAAGAUCCGCCUCAAGAACGAGAAGAAGCACCAGCGGCAGAAGGAGCGCAAGACCAAGGAACUCAAGGAGCGGUGCGCCAGCUACCUCAUGUCCCGCAAGCUCGACAGCCUCGCCCAGCAGCUCGUCCCCAUGGGCUUUUCUUGCGAGAGCGCCACCAUGGCUCUCAUCCUCAACGAGGGCGACAUGGAGAAGUCCAUCACCUUUCUGCUCGAGGACGGCGAGAUCCCAAAGACGCUGCCAAGGAAUGCCAGCCUCAAGCUCGACAUAUCCGACCAGCUCGCCAGGCUCGCCGACAUCGAGACGCGGCACGGCUAUCCUCUGGCCGAGAUCGAGCGCGCCAUCGUGGCCUGCGAGGGCGACAUUGAUGCUGCUCUCAAGUGGCUGCGGGAUCACAGUGGACAGCCGGUGGCAGCGGCGCCGCAGCGGCAGGAUCUGCAAGCUUCGAAGGUGGCGGAGACAAAACUGCAAAGCGCGGAGGCUCGCGUAAGUCAACUGGUGGUGCCAUCUGCUAGUCCGGCUCCAGCCCCAGUUCCUCCUGGCUUGAGGGCCGUGCCUCUCCCGCCACCUCCGGUGUGGCAACGCGGGGCAAGCAGCCUCCAUCACUCGCUGAGCUCUGUCAGUGCCGCCGCCGCCGCGAGGCUGGACCCGGCGCUCAAGUUUCUGGAGCAGCAGAGCAGGGAGCGGGACAUCAUCACCGACUGGAGGAAUUCUCAUCCCAGUCACCAGCAAGCCAUGCUGCAACGCUUUCGACGCCUGGACGAGCCCCAUUUGAUAAAGUCCCCUCAACAGCAGCAGCAGCAGCAACACCACCACCAACUCCAGUAUCACCAGCACGGCUCUCCAACGAGUUUACACCAUCCUCAUCCGCUACAGCAGCUCGCACCGGCGUCGCUCUCGGUAGCUCCUCCGGCGCAGUCGAUCCAUCCGCCGUGGAGUGCUGGGAACUCGAGCAGUCCUUCCGAUAGCUGGGACAUCCCGGUGGCCCGAAGCGUGGACUACCACACUAUAGACUGGAGCACGGGCAUACCACCGUCUCCAUUCGCGAAGCCGGCGACGAGCUUUGGCUUGAGUUCUUCGCUGCCACGGAGCUUCAUGGUUAGAAGCGAGGGAUGGAAUCGACAGCAGUCUGGUUACCGUGGUUCGCCGGACGACUUGGCCAGCCAGGAGUGGACGACUCCCUUCGCUGGGAAGGAUUUGGUUCACCACCAGGCAGUCCCGUCGCUCUAGUGGAUCCAGCAUUGCUAUCUGAAUAAGAGAAAAAAGGAGAUGUUUCCUUUUGUCGAAA